AUCCCCGAGAAAAGCGCGGGCCCAAUAUCGUUUUAAACCACCUCUGCUUCCGUGUCUCAGCGUUUGCACCGCCCGACUGAAAAAUUCUCUCUUAUCGGUUAUCGUUUGGUUAUCGAGAAAAUUCAAAGAACAAAGAAGGAAAAAAAAAAAAAAAAUUGAUCAUUAAGUUGAAAUUCUAUUCAUCUCCACUCAUUUUCCUCUCCUCCUUGAUCGGAUAUCGUAACUUUUAUGUUCGAUCAGAUUACGUAUUUCUUUUUCUAAUUUCUGAAAAAUUUUAUUCUGCGUCUUAGGGUUUGAGAGGCGACACUAAAAUUUUUCAAAGAAUUAAAGGAAGAGAAUGAAAUUCGGAGAGACAUUCACGGAAUAUCUGCAUAACGAGCAGCAGUGGUUCAUCGAGAACAGCUCGCACGUUGAGUAUAAGCGGCUCAAGAAAGUCUUAAAGAGCUGCCGGACUUGCAAGUCAUUGCAUGUUUCUUGCAAUGAUGAUCAAGAAGCUGUAAACGAACAAUUAUGUCCAUGUCCAUCCUGUCCAUUGUGUGAUCAAACAUUCUUCUCAGAGUUGAUGAAGGAAGCUUCGGAUAUUGCUGGAUGCUUUAGUUCAAGGGUCAGACAUCUCCUUCAUAUUCAUGUUGCUACUGGAAUUCAAAAAUACAUAUUGUGUGUGCGCAAAUGUUUUAGGAAUGAUCGGCCAUCUAUGCUAGAAGAAAUGAGGAUGCUAGUUGAAUAUGUUACAAUGAAUGCAACUGCUAUUAGAAAAAUCCUUAAGAAAUACGAUAAGGUACAUAGCUCUGAAAAUGGCAAGAACUUUAAAUCCAAGAUGCAGGCUGAACAUAUUGAACUUUUGCAAUCACCUUGGCUUAUAGAAUUGGGUGCUUUAUAUCUGAAUUUUGGUGGAUUGGAUGGUGGCCAACUUAAUGAGCUUUCUAGUCACUUUUCCUGUCACCUCAAUUCAACACCACCUGUAAUGACAUUGAUGCUUCAGGAUUCCAUAACACUAAACUAUGAUCUGACUUGUGCUAUCUGCUUGGACACUGUUUUUAAUCCAUAUGCUUUAGGCUGUGGUCAUCUUUUCUGCAAGUCAUGUGCUUGCUCAGCUGCCUCAGUGAUGAUUUUCCAGGGACUUAAAGCUGCUGCCAGAGAGUCAAAGUGCCCAAUUUGCAGAGAGGCUGGAGUGUAUGGUAAAGCAAUGCGCAUGAUAGAACUAGAUCUGCUCAUGAAAAGAUGGUGCAAAGAUUACUGGAACGAGAGGCUGGCUUCUGAAAGGGCGGAGGUAUUGAAGCAAACCAAGGAAUUUUGGGAUUUACAGACCAAGUAUGUGAUUGGGUAUUGAUAGUGAUUUUCUCUUUGUUUAAUCGAUAGAAAUUCAGAAGAUUUGGUGGUCGUUUCAAGCAGCUUAGAUCAGAAAAUUUUGAAUGCUCCAGAAAUUUGUUUUUUUAAUUAUUUUUUAUUUUGGUUAAAACGUCUUGUUUUCUUUGUUGUUGUUAUUAUUAUAAUUAUUUUUUUGAAUUUUACAGAUAAAAUCCGUUGUAAUGGAUGGUGGAAAAUUUAAUUUAGUGAAUGUCGAUCAGAUUUGAAUGUGAUC